UAGGAGAAGAAACAUUUGAAUGAAGCCCUGGACAUGAAUCUUUUUAUUUAUAUCAUACUUUUGUCCAUUUGGACAUCUAAUUGUUUAAAUUCAAACCAAAGUGAUGUAUCUUCUACUACAGGAGCUAAGCCCCUUGAAUCAAUGGAGACAAAAAUGGACAGUUUUAGGAGACGUCUACUCAUUAUCGUAAUUGGUGUUAUGAUCAUAGCCUUUGUCUCUACCUGUUUUUGUUUCCUCCAUUUUAAUUGUAUGAGUGAUGAUGCCCCCAAAGCAGGAAUGGUCAAGAAAGACGGUGUAGCAGCCAAGAAAUCCAGGUCAUCCAAAAUGUCAUUCAGUGAAUCCAAAACAGCCAGUCUCUGCAGUCCAGAAAAACAACCUAUGCUAUCCACUGUAGACAGGUUAUCUAGGCCCUUGAAUGCAGAAAAGUCAUCCAUACCAUCCAGUACAGAAAAGUUAAUUAGGCCAUUAAGUCCAGAAAAGUCAUCCAUACCAUCCAGUACAGAAAAGUUAAUCAGUUCAUCAAGUCCAAAAAAGUCAUCCAAACCAUCAAGCUCAAAAAAAUUAUUCAGGUCAUCUCACUUGGAAAAGUCAUACAGAAAACGCUCUUUUAAAAAAUCAUGUAAGCUAUCCCAUGCCCCUAAGCUAGUCAGUACCUUCAAUACAGAUAAGCCAGCCAGUCUAUCAUAUCCAGCCAGGCCGCCAUCCAAGACACCGUGUCCACUUUAUCCACAAAAUCAAAUCUUGCCACCCAAGUCAUCCAGGCUACAGAAAUUGGCCAAACCACCCAGACGUCUUAAAAGAUCAGUGAGUAUAGGCAAGGCAGCCUUGUUAUCUAGGCCUCAAUUAGCCAAUACCUGUCAAUGCUACAAGGAAAGAUGCCUUGUUUGCCAAACUUUUUCUGAGCCGUUGCUCAAUGAUAUUUCUGAGACAAAGAAGAAACAAGCACAAAACCUACCUGUUUCUAGUAAAGUGAAGUAUUUUCCCAGGUCCUUUCAUAAGGUAGAUUCCAGGGGCAAUACAUACCAUGAUAAUAUGAGCGACAGUGAUAUGAUGACAUAUAACAGUGAUGAUGACAGUGACAGGGAGAUAACCAUUAUUUGCAAUGUGAGUCAAAAUGAAGUCAUCUUUAAAGGGACUCCAAAUAAUUAAGGGCUCAAUAAAAAUAAAAUCCAAUUGUGAAGGAGCAAACUUAUACCAACUAUUUUAUGCUCAUCAUCUUUUAAGACACUGAUAGAGGAAAAAUCCAGUUGUGAUCACUACUGAGAUUAGCCCUAUCCAUCUUGGAGGCAAUUUAUUUAGAAAACAGAAAUUAAAUGCAUGCCAUAACAAA